AUGUUGUUGAAUGACACAAGAGGAAACCCAGCACUGGAUUUCGUUACUAAAUGGGGCGAGCAAAACAAAUUAAAAUUCUCAGCAGCCAAGACACAAGCUAUCAUAUUGACCAGGAAACUGAAGUACGAGGAACCAAAAAUCAAAAUAAACAACACCGAGAUCAUCUUUACACCGGAUAUCAAAAUAUUGGGACUUACAAUAGAUAAAAACCUGAAUUUUCUAAAACACAUCGAACAAGUAACUGCAAAGGCCAUUAACAUCUAUAAAGCUGUGAGUAGAACAGCAAGAGCCCAAUGGGGCCUAAACCCGGACAUCAUUAAAACAAUAUACAUAGCGGUGAUUGAACCCAUACUGCUAUACGGGUCUAAUGUCUGGGGCAUGAGCGCCCACCGCAAGCAAGUUAGAACCAGACUCGACAAAAUCGCCAGACUUUUUGCCAACUUAAUUAGCAAGUCACAUCGCACUUCCUCCCUAAUGUCUGGAUGUAUUUUGUCGGGUAUUCUCCCCCUAGACCUUAGAGCCGUGGAGCAAAGGGAGCUCUAUCUAGUGAAAAGGGGUAAGCCUCUGCCAACUCUCCCCGGUAGAGAGCUCGAAAUGAGGGCGAGCCCAUUCUUACUUCCACACCCCGCUCUCCGGGAAAAGAUCAAGUUCGAAGAUAUCAAUGGACGGGCCGAAUUAGCGAAGAUAGAUAUACACAAAACGCAAAUCUACACCGACGGGAGUAAGCUUGAGGGCAAAGUGGGUGGCGCGGUGACAUACUGGCAGGACGGCAGGGAAACGGGACAUGCAAAGUUCUCGCUGCCGGACUACUGCAGUGUGUUCCAGGCGGAGAUGGUGGCCAUUUACCGAGCCCUCAAGCUCAUGAUAGCAAAGAAGUCCCUCGCAACAGCAGCAGUGCUUAGUGAUUCGAAGUCGGCACUGAUGUGCCUGGCCGACCCGAACGGUCUGAACCCCAUAGCCCAAAAAAUUCGAGAAAAAAUCACAGAUCUCACAGCCACUGGGGGAAACAUAAGCUUUUAUUGGGUUAAGGCUCACGAUACGAUCCCUGGCAAUGAGAGAGCGGACGAAUUAGCCAAGGAAGCUGCAACAAAACUUAAAGGUAGACAUGCAUACGAUCUGUUCCCGCUCUCUCACGCCAAAAGAAUUCUGAGGGAUGCGACAAUCUUAGAAUGGCAGGCAAGAUACGAGGAAGCUGCCGCGGGCGGAACAACAAGGAUGUUCUUCCCCGAUGUAAGAAAGGCCCACAGAAUAAUUAAAAAGAUCAAAAUGGACAACUGCUUAGCCCAACUACUCACCGGACAUGGAGGUUUUAGGUCGUACCUUCACAAAAGAAAAAUCUGCAGCACCCCCUAUUGCGAAUGCGACGAUCAAACUGAAGAAACGGUGGAACACAUCCUCCUUGACUGCCCGAGGUUCAAUAUAUUAAGACACGACAUAGAAAACGAAACGGAUACCAACAUAAAUAAGUACAACCUGCCCAUACUCAUCGAGGAUGACCGCCACAGGAACAAGUUCUUAAAUUACGCAAGGAAAGUUAUCCAAAAAGCUGGUGUUGCAAAUGGGGCGAAUUACAAUUAG